AUGUGGCCGGCCUACUUGGUCGCCUGCUUGGUUUUCUAUCUCAGCGUCCGUCCCUACAGCAAGUCCUACCUCGAUGUGCCCACCGUCAAGUUCAACAGGUUCCUCCCCAACUUCUUCAAUCGUCUUCUGUUCUUCAUCGACGCUCCGGCUAUGGUCCAGUAUGGUUACACUCACUUUGCGGGCAAGCCGUUCCAGAUUCUGAAGCCUGAUGGUGACUUGAUCAUUCUCCCUGAUCGUUACAUGGAUGAAAUCAAAGUUCUGCCUCCCAACCGGAUCAGCCUGCUUCAUGCCCAGCAUCGGAACGUUCUCGGCGAAUAUAUCAACAUUCUCCUGGACAGCCAGCUCCCUGCCUUCACGGUCGCCAAGAAGCUGACUCCUGCUCUGAACCGUAUUGUUCCUCGCACCAUCGAUGAGUUGAAGAAUGCGUUCCCUACUGUGAUUCCUGAGUGCAAAGAUCGCUGGGUGCCUGUGGGUAUCUACGACAUGAUCCUGUCUCUCAUGAGCCGCACCACUUCUCGUAUCAUCGUUGGUGACGAUUUGUGCCGUGAUGAGAGCUGGUUGAACUUGCUUAUCCGCUACACGAACAACGUUGGCAUCACUAUCUUCUUGCUUCGUCCCUUCCCCAAGGUCGUUCGUCCCCUGAUUGCCAGGUGGUUGCCGAGCGUUCGCAAGCUGGCUGAGCAGUUGGAAUAUGCCACUAACAAGCUCUUUGUUCCCAUGAUCAACGCUCGUCGUAUCGCAGAGAAGACCGAUCCUAACUACGAGAAGCCUGAUGACUUCGUUCAGUGGAUGAUGGACGCGGCUGACAACGAUUACGACAAGAGGCCCGAGGUUCUUUCGCAGGGUAUCAUGACUAUUGUGGCUUUGGCCGUGGUUCACACCAGCACCAUGCUGACUACCCAUGCCAUCUAUGACCUGAUCCUCAUGCCUGAUGUCCUCGAGACUUUGCGUCAAGAGAUCCCGGAGACUCUCAAGGACGGCUGGGAAAAUACCACCCAGGCUCAGCUCCUCUCUCAGCGCCGUAUGGAUAGUUUCUUGCGCGAGUCUCAUCGCUUCAACCCCACCUCUGAAGUGACCGCUCAACGUAUCGUUCUUGAAGAGCUUGUUCUCUCCGAUGGUUUUGUGCUCCCCAAGGGCUCGCACAUCUGCUUCCCCUCUGGUCCCAUGUCGCGUGAUUCCGAUAUCAUCGAUGACGCUGAUACCUUCGACCCCUGGCGCUGGAGCAAAGAUGUUGAGACCCCCAACUACCUGGUCACUAUCGGUCGCACCAACAUGCACUUCGGCUACGGUCGCCAGGCUUGUCCCGGCCGCUUCUACGCCACCAAUACCAUCAAGGCCAUCCUUAGUCGUUUCCUCAUGGAAUACGACUUCAAAUUCGAGAGUGGUUCCAAGCGUCGUCCCUCCAACGUGACCAAUGGUGAUCACAUCAUGCCCAACAUGAAGACUCGCAUUUUGAUCAAGGAGCGUGGUGUGAAGAUCUGA